AGUUUAGGUGGCCUGUCUUUCCAGCAAAGCCCUGGAAACAGACUAUUUCUGUACUAAUGAGAUGUGUGUUUCUCAAGCAACGACAAAACAUCUCCCCUAAUGGAAUUUUGUUUUAUUUCUUUUCUCUCUGUCCAUCUGUCUGUCCGUGUGUGUGCUUCUCUGCCUCUUCUUCGCUCUGUGGGACGACAGAACCAUCUGUAGCCGAGUCCCAGGGGAAAGGCAGUGUCUCGGAGGACGAGUUGAUCGCUGCCAUUAAAGAAGCGAAGGGGUUGUCCUAUGAGACCACCACCGAGGGUCCAAGGCCGGUGGGCCAGGUGGCCGACAGGCCCAAAGCCAAGGCCAGGUCCGGGCUGCCCACCAUCCCCAGUACCCUGGACCACGAGGCCAGCAGUGCGGAGUCCGGAGACUCGGAAAUUGAGCUGGUGUCAGAGGACCCCAUGGCCUCCGAGGACGCGCUGCCCUCGGGCUAUGUGAGCUUCGGCCACGUGUCGGGCCCUCCUCCCUCUCCUGCCUCGCCGUCCAUCCAGUACAGCAUCCUGCGGGAGGAGCGGGAGGCCGAGCUGGACAGCGAGCUCAUCAUCGAGUCGUGCGACGCCUCCUCGGCCUCCGAGGAGAGCCCCAAGCGCGAGCAGGACUCGCCCCCGAUGAAGCCAGGCGCCCUGGACGCCAUCCGCGAGGAGACCAGCACCCGGGCCGCCGCCGCCGCCGCCGAAGAGCGGGCGCCCAGCCGCCAGGACCCCGCGGAGCCCAGCCCGGUGCUCAGUUUCCCCCCUGCUGCCCUCCCAUCCCGCCCCGAGCCGUCCUCGGGCGACGGAGCCCCGGGCCCCGAGCCGCCCACGUCACAGCAGCAGAAGCCUAAGGAGGAAGCCGAAAGUUCCAACCAAAGCCCGGCGGCCACCGAGGGUCCCGAGCCGCUUGGUCCCAGCCUCGUGCCUCUUCCGCCCUUCUUCAAUAAGCAAAAAGCUAUUGACCUUCUGUACUGGCGGGACAUCAAGCAGACGGGGAUUGUGUUCGGGAGCUUCCUGCUGCUGCUCUUCUCCCUGACCCAGUUCAGCGUGGUGAGCGUCGUCGCCUACCUGGCCCUGGCCGCCCUCUCAGCCACCAUCAGCUUCCGCAUCUACAAGUCUGUUCUGCAGGCUGUGCAGAAAACAGAUGAGGGUCACCCUUUCAAGGCCUACCUGGAGCUGGAGAUCACCCUGUCCCAGGAGCAGAUCCAGAAGUACACCGACUGCCUGCAGCUGUACGUGAACAGCACGCUCAAGGAGCUACGGAGGCUUUUCCUCGUCCAGGACCUGGUGGAUUCUUUAAAAUUUGCAGUCCUCAUGUGGCUCCUGACUUACGUCGGCGCGCUCUUCAAUGGCCUGACCCUGCUGCUCAUGGCUGUGGUUUCGAUGUUUACCUUACCUGUGGUGUAUGUUAAGCACCAGGCACAGAUCGACCAAUAUCUGGGACUUGUGAGGACUCACAUAAACACUGUCGUGGCGAAGAUCCAGGCUAAAAUCCCUGGUACCAAAAGGCACACCGAGUAGACGGAUAUCCCAGGAGAAGCGGGCCGUGGAUGGGGGUGUCUGGAGUGGUAACAGCUCUCUUCUCCUCAUCACUGCACAUUGAUUGUGUCCCUUUCCCAGUACCAUAAUCUUAGAGGCAAACUUUCAGACAGGUGUUUUCAGGCUCUUCCCGUACUCUUAGGAUAUUUGCGUCCCUUGUGUCAAGCACUAAAGUAUAGAGAAAAGUGUGUUAGAUGUGGUUUUUAAUUUUGUGUUGCUAAAAAAAAAAAAGUGCAUGAUGGUGAGAGCCCACGUUCUCCUUCCUUCCCUGUCCUCCUGCAAUGCUCCCGUAGCUUCGACGUCCCUGUGGCUAGGCCUUUCUUGCCAAGUGCGCUGACACAAUAGUGGCGAUCGCUUAUCAUGUCCUUGGGUUGCUGGUUUGGAUUCAUCUUUAAUAACACUAUAUAGAAUUGUAGGCCAAUGUUUUAGCAUUUUUCCAACACACACAACGUAAAAAAAAAUAAUAAUAAUAUGAAACAGUUGACCGUACAUAUGGUAAUCAGUUUUGUAUAACGUACAAAUGAUUAAAUGAAGAAUAAAUCCAAAAUGAACACACAGUACUUUUAUUGUAUGGGAUGGCUGUGCUGAUUUACAUGUAUGGUAACUAAAAGGUGCCAGCAUGUUGACUUUAUUACAAUUUGUAUUACUUUCUCUGUAGUUCCUAAUGGACUUAAUCAUGGACUCUGGAUAUUUGCACUUAUGUACUUGAUACUGAAUGCAUCAAUAAAUGUUACUAAAUGUA